GGAACAGGCGCGGCUAGCGGGAUACUGGCAAGAUUUGUCGCGUGGAUUCGGCCAUCGUUCUCUCGGUUUACCUCCAUGUGCACAUGGCUGGAGGGGUGGCAGACGGACGGGCGUUCUGCGCUACACCUGCUGCGCUUAGGUCUGAGGCCCUCACGAUCACGCUCGUCGUCGUCGUGCUCUUCAUUGACAUCAUCAUCCUCGACAUCUUCGACCUCGAGCGACCUCUUAUUCCCCCUCUGGUUCUCCAUCUGGGGAGUCGAUGACUUGCGGUACCCGCUCCUUCCGAUGACGGCAUU